GUUAACAGCAGGUUAACACACCAACCAUCACAACUGAGUUCUGUUUCCAAUCUCGUUCCCCCAAAUGUAGUUAAAGCGUCUAUCAAUUUCCUUCUUUUUCUCACAAAUUUUCGCAAGUACUCUUCUCAUUCCACAAGGCCAUGAUUUAAAUUUACUUCUGAAAAAGAGAAAAUUAGUCAAAGUGUGCUACAAAAUGAAGAAAAUAAGCAGUCUCCUAGUAAUUCUCCUGCUCACAGUGCAAUUGUCAUCGUCAUUUGACAUUAGUUUCGGGGAUGUGACAGAAAUUUUAAAGUUCACCAAAGAAACAGUGACUGACGCUCUUGAAUCAUGGGAAUGGAUACGACCGAAGAGGCCAAAUAUAAAUGACGACAAUGAUUUUCCAUUCGUCAAGAGAAUGGAGAAACGUCUAAUGGAUAAAAUGAAAACAGUCUCAAUGAAAUUGGAAUUAAUUGAGGAUCGAAUUGAGCAGAGAACAGAGACAAUGUUCUAUCGCAUUUUACGUGAAAUACCCGAGAGGGAAAAACUCGAGAAGGGAAUGCACGAUAUUUACAAAUCAAUUGGACAAGUGGACAAUUUAUAUCAAACAUUUUUGAAUUAUGUCGAAUAUCGCAGUAAAUUUGAGACAUAUACAUUACAAGAUUUCUCGAGGACAAUACUUUCGCAUCGUUUAGGCGAUCUUCGCGAUGUUAUUAAAUCAAUUCACAGUCAAGUUGUGCCACAGGAUUAUGAUAUUUUCCAGCAAAGUAUUCUCACAAUUUUGUCGAAUCGCAUGAAGGAAUCUUCAGCACAAAUUUGUAAUUUACAUCAAUCGCCACAACAAUUGUUGUAUAAUCUUUACAAUACAAUUACUCUCACUGAAAUUAAAGGCUUUACAAUGAUGCAAUUUUCAUUGAAGCUCUUGAGACUUUACCAAAACGGAUCAUUUAUUCAGGAGGAAAAUCAAUUGAAAAGAGAAUAUCAAGACAGAAUAACCGAGACACUAAGAGCAGUUAAAACUGCAAUGGCCUUUGCACCACGAGAUCUUUGGAAAUGCGAUCCAGCAAUUCACAAAUCAGACGAAACAUACACGGAAUUGAAACAACUCUUCCAAGGUUACAUCGUAAAUGAAGUAGACCUCAACGAUAUAACGACUUGUAGAGAAAAUUGUGGUUAUUAUUCAGUGGCAAAACAGCAGAGUUGUUACAAAAAUCAAUUUUGCUCUCAACAACGUCGUUGUAAUGGAAAAAUAGUUCACUGCCAAUAUGUUGACUCGGACAUGUGGAUUUGUCCAUCGGCGAAGAAUUCUACACGAAGAUACGAAUACAUUGAAUACGAAAAUGGACUCGUCUAUGGAAAAAAGGACAAAUGUUUCGCAGGAACAACAAAAGUCGACAGUUGGUGGCGUUGGCUUUUCUGGCACUGUAGCUAUUGUUUCUGCUACUGCGACGAUCAUAAUUCAAAUUCAGAUCGUUAUUUCAAUUUACGAGAAGUCGUUUCUGAUAUUGUCAACAACAAAGUCGUGACGGGAAUAAGACUACAAAAGGUGAACAAAAUUAUUCAUAUUCAAAUUCAAGAAGGAACACUUCGCGCUCAAGGAAACAUCGAUCCAGAAAGUAUAUCAUGGAAGGACAUCGACGACUAUACGAUUUUGGAUCGAAACGUGAGAAAUGGAAUCGAUUACCACACGAUAAGUUGGGAGAGAAGAGGCGUCGAUUUAGAUGAUCUUGUCCCUCCAGCAGAUCAUUUAUUAACUGGUUUGAAAUUCAAACUCCUUGGUUCGAAUUUAAAUCUCGAAAUUCGUGCGACACCUUUUAAUUUCACAACCGGUAGUUUGAUGAAGGAGAAGAGUCGUUGGUAUGCGAAUGACAAUACCGAUGCUAAUGAGGGAUUCAAUGAGCAUAUCACAGUCGCUGGCAAAAGAACCGAAUUAAAAUUGGAAAAACCGGACAUUCCGAUAAGAGCGGAAUCGAGGGCGGUUCCAGAUUCGAGAUCAAAUCAAUUUUUACACUUCCAACCGACUGAUCUUGAGAAAGACGCUGGACAAACGACAAUUCCAUUCCUCGACAUUCAACCAAUUGUUCCAAAGCCACCGGUGCCAUUAGCUGGCGCUGGAAUUUUCCACAAGGGACAAACGGGCUCCGGAGGAUUCGUCGCAUUGAAAUUAAUAACUUACAAUUUUUCCCGACAUUUAGAAAUUGAUUUGUCACCCUCGAAACCAGUGAUUGGAUUGAGUAACGAAAUCACUGCGUCAUAAUUUAAUUAAAUUAUCUCUUUUUUUUGUCUUAGAAAAUUAACGAUCGAACAAAAAAUUGUCAGCCGGGUGCUACACGAAAAUAAUUUUAAUUUCCUGUUGUUAAACAAAACAGUGAAACAAAACUGAAACAAAACAGUUAAAUAACAACCUCUGGAAAAAAAGACAGUUAUUUAACAGUCGUUUCGAUUCACGAUUUUUAACAACACUAACUAAAAAUUUCACAUUUUUUCCGAAAGGACAAAAUUUGUCACCGAGAAAAAAAAUAUUCUUCUCGAAAGCAAAGAAAUAUCAAACUAAGUUUUUAUGUCAUUAAAAUUAGAUUUAGACUUUUUUUUAUAUUAUAAAUAAAACGAAAAGAAACAA